GUGCGGGCGACAACGGUGCCCUGGUGCCUGCCUCAGCUCCAGUCCUGCCCGGAGGCGCCGCUGCGGCCCGGGGCACGGCGGCUCCUUCUAAGCCCCUGUGCGGGGAGAGUGCGCCCCCGAGCGGCGGGGCGCAGGGAGCUCUCCUCCUCGCACCGCACCAUGCUGCCCUCGCUGUCCCCGCACCGCUCCGCCUGACGCGGGGACGGGGAUAGCCAUGCAGCCGGCGCUCCGCUAGGUAAGGGAGGCGCGGCUCGGAGCGGGCCGGAGCUCUGCGGCCAUCCCCUCAGAAGCUCGGCGGCCCCGGCCCCUGUCCCACCGGUACCAUGAGGAACGGCGAUGACUUGGAGGGCUUCGAUGGCGAGGCGUCCAGCACCUCUAUGAUCUCGGGGACCAGCAGUCCCUACCAGCCCACUACGGAGCCCGUCAGCCAGCGCCGGGGGCUCGGCGGCCUCCGCUGCGACCUGGACUACCUGCGGGGCACCUUCGGCAAGAUCAAGCUGGCCGAGGUGGUUUUGGCACUGAUUGCAUUCAUCUGCAUAGAGACCAUCAUGGAAUGCUCCCCUUGCGAAGGCCUUUAUUUCUUUGAGUUUGUGAGCUGUAGUGCGUUGGUGGUUACUGGAGUUCUGUUGCUUAUGUUCAGUCUAAAUCUUCACACAAGAAUACCGCAGAUCAACUGGAAUCUUACUGAUCUGGUCAACACUGGACUCAGCACUUUCUUCUUUUUCAUUGCCUCUGUAGUACUUGCUGCUUUAAACCAUAAAACUGGAGCAGAAAUUGCUGCUGUGAUGUUUGGUUUCUUGGCAAUGGCAGUGUAUGCUGUGAACACAUACUUAGCUAUUAAAAAGUGGCGAAUGAACAGCAGACAACAGAGUAGUCGGCAGACCAGUGAUUACAUACGUGCUCGGACGGAGUCCAGAGAAGUGGAUCAUCACCCUGAGAUUCAGCGUCUGGAUGCAUAAAAGCAACAUUCAAAUGGGACUGCAAAGGGAAAAGAUGUGCUUAACUCCCUCAUGGAAUAAAGGGUUUUGUCUUUAUUUAAGCAAGAAAAGGAAGAUCACAUGGUGGCAAAGAAUGCCCAGCCCUGCAUAUAUGCAGGAGUGCGUUGAGUUAGAAGCUGUUGUCAUGGAGGCAGUAAAUGUUGGUCAUUCAAAAGCAAGAUCUGUUUAAGAUGUCCACAUAUGUAUGCAUAUAUUAUAUAGCUUAUAUAAUAUAUAAUAUAUAUAUGUUUUGAA